AUGCUGCUGCCACUGAGCAAAACAGCUCAACAAGCAGAAUAUGUGGCCAAGAACAAAUUUAGAGGUCAGAAGUCCAGGAAUGUAUUUCACAUAGCUAGCAAAAAAAACUUCAAGGCUAAAAACAAAGCAAAACCAGUUACUACAAAUCUUAAGAUAAACAUUAAAGAUCUGAUUCCUCAGCGGCAUCUUGAAAAUGAACCUGUUAAUGUUGAUGAAGCUACAAGAUUAAAGGCUCAGUUGUAA